ACCACCAGCCUCGUGCAACAAGUAUGUAAUUCUUUGCUUCAUUGUUUAUAUUAUAACAAAGGCCAGUUCGCGAGCUGUAGUCUUUGCAGCGUGGCGCGUGAUUGGGUAGAUAGCGAUAAGCGAUCGGAAGGGUCAGAGUGUGCUGCCGAUUGGUGCCCAUGCUCCAAAUUACCCACGGCAAGGCAACCACUUCAGCUUUUGUCUGCUUCAGCCACUAUUUGGAAACCGCACUGCCACCGUGUCCUCGCCACUUUUGAAGACUCAAACAAUCACUGAAUUGACAAAAAGAGCAGCUGAGAGCACUGCUUCACCUGUUCAUCGACCCAUCGACAGCACCAAGCAAGAGAAAUUGGUCACUAUGCGGUUAUCCACUCUCCUACUGGCCCUCCUAUCGGGCCUGAAUCUGUCUUAUGCUCUCCGCAAACCAUCGAACAGCGUCCUCCUGUCCAAAAUCUCCAGUCUCACACUACGCGCUGGCCAAAAGACUAGCGCUCGCCGUGGAUCUGCGAUUCCUCAAUUACAAUGCAUGGGUGGCAACGCACGUGGUCUCUACGAUGUCGAUGUGAUGCGCUGCACCAACGCAGGCUCCGACUAUGAUGACGAAAAUGUUCAAUGGACUUGCAAAGCGUCACUGCCUCCAGAGUUCAAAUUAGGCAGUACGGACGUUUCGUGUGAAGGGUAUGAUUCGCCCGAGGAUCCAUAUGUCUUGAAAGGCAGUUGUGGCGUCAGCUACAGACUUAUGCUCACAGAGGAGGGUGAGAGGAAGUAUGGUCACAGAAAAGAUGAGGACGACAGAAGUGGACCUUCCUCAACUGGUGAGAAGCUCAUCUUCUGGGCUUUCUUUGCGUUUGUUGCAGGCAUGAUCGUCUACGGUGUUUGGGAUUCUUGCGUCAGAGGCAACAACAGACGUCCGCCACACGCAGGUCGCGGCUACGGAGGUGGCUGGGGCGGCAACAACGACGACAACAAUGAUGAUGCACCGCCACCUUACACACCAUAUGGCAAGUCAAACUCAGGCCGCAACUACGGCACACAGGGCGGCCAGGCUUGGAGACCUGGUUUCUGGACUGGCACCGGUGCAGGAGCUGCUGCUGGCGCGGCUGCAGCAUAUAUGGCAGGAAACAGAGCAAGCAGCUCGCGCAGCGCUUCAAACAGAUCCAACAGCGGGAACUGGGGAGGCAGCACAGGUUCAAGCUCGCCCGUACCGUCGUCAUCGAGGUACGAGAGCACUGGCUUUGGCUCAUCUAGUCGUAGAUGA